AUGUUCUCCAUCGCGCUGCGCGGCUCCGGCAAACGAUGCAGAUUGACCGGGUCGCCCGUCCCGGCCGCUGCCCUCGAUGCCAUCUAUCUCGUGCCUCGUCGUGCCCCGCGGCAGUGUCGGAGAGCUAGCAACACCACAUGGCGGCCGGUAUCGGUCCUCGACGAAUGGGUCGCCCGAGAAGCUCGCCCGAUUAGCUUGCGGCAGCUCAUGGUCUUUGGGCGCUCCCUGACCGAGUCGCGCCUCAUCAGCUCCGCAAACUACGUCCGCACCGAGCUGCCUGUCAGGAUAGCACAUCGCCUCCGCGACAUGCAGCAGCUCCCCUACGUCGUCGUAACGAACCCCCACAUAAACGAUGUCUACAACCUCUACUACAACGCCUUUGACUGUUUCCGCAAACUCAAGGAGGUCAAGACCCUCGAGGACAACGACCGCCUCUGCGAGAUCAUCGCGCAGAAUCUCAAGGGCCACCUGACCGUCAUACCCAAGCUGGCCAUGGGGAUACUCGAGUGCGGCGGCCUCAUGGACCCCAAGGAUCUCGACAAUUUCAUGAAUACGAUUCUGAGAUCGCGAAUCUCCCGUCGCGUCAUCGCCGAGCAACACCUCUCCCUCACCGAAACAUUCAACUCGCCUUACUUCUCGCCCGGCGCCAAGCUCUCUGAGUCAGACUUUAUCGGUGAAAUUUUCAUCAAGUGCUCUGCCAAGGAGGUCAUUGACUGCUGCGCAAAAGCCGUUACGGCGCUCGCCCGAUCAACAAACGGCCCCGACGCCGCUGUGCCCGAGAUUCAUGUCGUUGGCCACCUCGACGCCAGCUUCCCCUACAUCCUCAGCCACAUCGAGUACAUUGUUGGCGAGCUGCUGCGAAACUCGGUCGAGGCUGUCAUCGAGCGCCACCAAAAGACCAACGACCCGGCACCGCCGCCGCCCAUCGAGGUCACCAUCUGCGAGGCCCAAGAGCACGUCAUCUUCCGCAUAUCCGACCGCGGAGGCGGUAUUCCCCGCGAAGAGCUCCCCUAUCUGUGGUCGUUCAGCAAGGGCCCCCAGAGCCAGAAGCGACUCGACAACCUCGGCCAGGUGCCCCGCAUGGCUGCCACCAUGCAAGAGCUCCACGUCGAGGACGAGCUCGGCCGCGCCGACCUCAAGACCCCCACCUACAGCAGCUCCCUCGCCUCGCUCACCAGCCGGCCGCCCAACCUGCGCCUCGGCAUGGGCCUGCCCCUGAGCCGCGUCUACGCCGAGUACUGGGCCGGCAGCCUCAACCUGCACAGCCUCGAGGGGUAUGGCGUCGACGCCUUCCUGCAAAUCUCGAGGCUGGGCAACAAGAACGAGCAGCUCGCGACCCGGGCUAGCAUGGACGCGGUAUGA